CACGAACCCCAUUUUCAUCCCGAAAAACGUUGGCACGAGCUUUAAGAAAACCAUUCGAGAGGGAAGCCGUGUCUCGUUUAUUUCAAACAAAACCCUUUGUCUUCUAAUCGAUUUUCUAUGUCAUAAUUUGAUCUAUGGGUGCCACAAUGCAUGUGAAAUCUGACUCUGAUUUGACCAGUGUUGAAGCUCUAUCGCCGCCGCGAUCACCUCGCCGGCCGCUCUACUACGUCCAGAGCCCAUCCAACCACGAUGGCAACGACAAGAUGUCAUACGGGUCCAGCCCAUUCGGGUCUCCGGGUCACCCCGCACACUACCACUGUUCUCCCAUUCACCAUUCCCGUGAAUCUUCCACUUCCAGAACGUUUUCCGCCUCCCUCAAGAACGCCGUCGUAAGGGCCCACCACCAUGGCAACGGUGGCAGAGCUCUCUCUCCAUGGAAGAGGAUUGAGAAUGGUGAUUUGGAGGAGGAGGAGGAGGAUGACGAUGACAAAACUGGUGGGAUUCCUCUGAGGUUUUACAUCGUUUGGUUCCUGUUGUCAUUCGUCGUCUUGUUUACGAUCUUCUCUUUGAUUUUAUGGGCUGCUAGCGUUCCCUACAAACCCAAGAUUUUCGUUAAGAGCAUUGUGUUUGACAACUUUAAUGUCCAAUCUGGGAUGGAUGCGACCGGAGUACCAACGGAUAUGUUAACUUUGAAUUCAACGGUCAGGAUCUUUUACCGGAAUCCGGCGACUUUCUUUGGCGUCCAUGUCACCGUCACUCCUCUCGAAAUCCAUUAUUAUCAACUCAAGCUUGCUUCCGGCCAUGUGAAGAAAUUUUACCAAUCAAGAAAGAGCGAAAGAGUGAUUGUAGCACAAGUUUUAGGGAAUCAAUUGCCAAUGUAUGGUGGUGUGUCGCCUUUCAAUGCUGCCAUUGGACACCUCAAGAAUGUAAUAGUUCCUGUUAAUCUAACGUUUGUGAUGAGGUCAAGAGCUUACAUAUUGGGGAGACUAGUCAAACCUAAGUUCUAUAGACAUGUUUUGUGCCAAGUCACAUUACGAGGAAACCACCUAGGCAAGCAUGUGAAUUUGACUGAUUCUUGUACUUAUCAGUAUUGAUUCGUGGAUAUAUUUGUAUCCUUUUGUUUUGGUAGGGAAAUUGAGUACAUAAUUGAAUUGUUCAAGUUAAAUGGAUCGGAG